AUGACUGAUAGUAAAUCAGGUAAAGUACCAAAAAUUGGCACUCUCGUCUAUGAUUCCGGUAUCGAUACAGCAAGUGACAAGAAACGAGCUGUUCUACCGGGUGGUGGAAUAAGUGUAGCUGAGCGUGCACGUUUAUUUGGUGCUCAGGUACCAAAUGCGUCACCGUUUAAACCUUCUAAACCAACGAAUCUACCAGUACAACGAAUCCCACAGAACAAUCGAGCAGUAAAGCCAAAUGUUGCUUUUCAUGAUGCUAACUACGAACCAUUGAAACCGAAGAUUGAUAUUUAUGAAUAUCCGAAACAAGAAACGUCUAUCCCGAGCUCGCAACAAGCAAACAAUGAUUAUCGACGAUUUAUUCGAGCUGAAGAUAGACGACGAUACGAUCAACAACAACCAUCGAGUGAUUCACGUAAUCAUUCAGCAGCAAACCGAUCGCGUAAUCACAGUCAACAUUCGUCAUCAGCAAGUCAACGAUCAACAAAUACCUAUGAUAGAGACCAAUACGAACCCAAGAAGAAAUACACUCCUGGUAAACCAAACUCGACGAAACGAAUUAGACCCAUUGAAACAUAUGCACAUGAAGAUGAUGAUUAUGAUGAUUAUGAUGAUUAUGAAGAAGACGAAGAAGAGGAGGUGGAACAGGCUCCUUAUCUUAAAUUUUAUAAUCCCAGAAUACCACCACAAAAUACUACUUCUCAACCAUCGAAUUAUUUUCAACCAAUACAAGAUCCUCUAGAAGCAUUGAUGAUGGGUUCAUCACAAGGAUAUUAUCAAGAGCAACCACCUACAACAACCUCUGCUGAUACGAAUGAUUUGCAGCCAUUCGAUCUUGGAAAUUUAAUAUCUCGUAUUCAACAAGAUUACGCUGAAAAUGUUCGACCCUACGUGUCCAGUGUGCAAUUUGUUGAAACGAAUCCAAGUGUAGUUAAUCUUGGCUAUAUAACGCCAGCUGGUACUCGAAAAGAUUAUAUGAGACGACCAAACGAAACAUAUCGCCGACUUGGAUCGUCAGGAAAUUAUGAUAUUAUUGAUACGAACGGUCUUUAUCCGUACGAAAAAAUACCUCCAAAAGCAGCAUAUUCGACUAACCAAUAUUCGCCAAUGGCAAGAAAAAGAGUUCAAAGACGACCCCACAAUCAAGCCUCAUCUUCUAUUCAUACUGUAGAAUACGCCAGCAAAACGAGAACGCAACGUAAACCUGAGCAUCGACCUCCUGCUACUACUCGGAAAGAGUCUACACCAGCUGCAACAAGCGAAGAUGAAGAAGAAGAAGAAAAAGAAGAAGCGAAAGAAUCAUCAAAAGCAGCCGUAGCCACAGCCGCAGCCGCAGCCGUAGCAACAAAAGCAAAGAAAGCAGAAACUUCAUCUGAAUAUGAGUCUGAAGAAGAAGAAGGAGAUCAUGAAUCUGUGGCAAAACCUGCAACAAAUUCUCCACCACAAGCAUCUUCUCAGCCUGCAAAUGAAGAAACUCGUGCUCCCGUAGUAUCUACAGCUCCAGUAGCAGCACAGCGUAUUGAUACAGCUCGUCCAGCAAUAGCAAAUCCAACUCCAGCAAAAAAAGUUGAGAGUGAAGAAAGUGAAACCGAAGAAUCGGAAUCAGAAUCUGAGAGCGACAGCGAUGAAGAUGAAAAACCCAAACCUCCACCAAAUACUCGAACAACAGCCGCUGCACUACAAACCACUGCUCGAGGAGCAACCAUUACACCACAAACUAAUGCACGAGGGGCGCCCAUUGCGUCGCAGGCCAAUAAUCGAGGUGCACCGAUAACACAAAUCGGAAGUGCUCGAGUAAAUCAACAGCAACCAACUGCUGAUCAUUAUAGCACAAAUGGCCCUCCUGAAGAACAUGCCGAAGAAACUGAUUCUUAUAAUUUUGAAAAUACUAAAAAAUCAUUAUCAUUCGGUGUCGCAUGUGAUGUUCUCAGAGAAUUACGAAAUUCCGGUGAAUAUUGUGAUGUAACUUUACGUAUGGAUGAUCAACAAUCGUUUAAAGUUCAUCGAGCUAUACUUUGUUCAUGCAGUUCAUUUUUUCGAGCACUGUUUACAAAUGGAAUGAAUGAAACAACAGAUCGUAUUGUUGAUAUUCAUGAUAUUAAGGGUGAUACAAUGAAUCUAAUUAUUGAUUUUAUAUAUACACAUGAAAUAACAUUAAAUGAAAAUAAUAUUUAUGAAAUCUUGCCAGCUACUAAUCAAUUACAAGUCUUAGAAUUAUUUUCUCUAUGUGAAAAUUAUUUGUAUCAAAAACUUAGUCCGGAAAAUGCCAUAGGAAUUCGAGAAUUUGCUUCUUUUUUUUAUUGUAAAAACCUUAGUGAAAAAGCUGAAAUCUAUUUAUUAACGAAUUUUAUUGAAAUAUCGAUUAAAAGUGACGAAUUUCUUGAAUUAGAUCUCGAACAAAUUAUUCAUAUACUGAAUUCCGAUGAAUUAAAUGUUAGAAGUGAACAAGCAGUUUUCGAUGCUGUCAUACGGUGGAUUGAUUAUAGACCUGAUGAAAGAAAAAAAAAUAUUGUCGAUUUACUCAAAUGUGUUCGCUUGGGUUUAUUAACAACGAAUUUCUUUAUUGAAAAAGUCAAAUGUCAUCCCUAUAUUAUUAACAAUGAUACGUGCAAACCAUUAGUGAUUGACACGUUAAAAUAUUUAUAUGAACUUGAUGUUGAUACUUAUCAAAAGGAUUUAUCAGCACAAAAUCCAAUAGCUCGGCCACGUCUUCCACACGAAAUCCUAUUUGUAUGUGGUGGAUGGUCAGGUGGAAGUCCAACAGCAACCAUUGAAUUAUAUGAUACGCGUGCAGAUAAAUGGUUUCCACUACCGUUCAAUGAUAGAUUUCCUCGUGCAUAUCAUGGAAUCGCAACAAUAAACAAUUUCAUUUAUGUCAUCGGCGGUUUUGAUGGAAUGGACUAUUUUAAUUCAUGUCGAAGUUUUGAUUUACAAACAUUACAAUGGAAUGAAAUCGCACCGAUGUAUGUCAAACGAUGUUAUGUUAGUGUGGUUGUACUCAACGGAUUCGUUUAUGCGAUGGGAGGUUUCGAUGGGCAUUCCCGACAAAAUACAGCUGAAAGAUAUUCACCAAAAUCUAAUCAAUGGCUUCCUAUUCCACCCAUGCAUUCACAACGAUCAGAUGCAUCAGCAACUGUUCUUCAAGAAACAGAUAGAAUAUAUAUUUGUGGUGGAUUUAAUGGGCAAGAAUGUAUGAAUAGUGCAGAAUAUUUUGAUCCCAAAACAAACCAAUGGACCAUGAUUGCACCGAUGCGUAAUCGACGAUCGGGUAUUGGCGUUGUAGCCUACCAUAAUUCGAUUUAUGCAAUAGGUGGCUUUAAUGGGUCAACACGAAUGAAUUCAGGUGAAAGAUAUAAUCCAAGAACAAAUACGUGGAUGUCGAUACCGGACAUGUACAAUCCAAGAAGUAAUUUUGCUAUUGAAGUAAUCGAUGAUUAUCUAUUUGUAAUUGGUGGAUUUAAUGGUGUUACGACUAUAUUUAAUGUUGAAUGCUUCGAUGAUAUAUCUGAAGAAUGGUAUGACGCAGCCGAUAUGAAUAUAUUUCGUUCGGCCUUAUCAGUUUGUAUACUAGCGGGUCUUGAUCAUGUUCGAAAUUUAAUUACAUUUGCAAGAAAACAAUCUAUCGAUGAAGAAAAAUCUAAAGAUUCGAGUAUAAUUUCUCAACAUACAACAUCACCAACGAUUAUUCCUGUGGGUACUUUAUCAGCUGCUGUUGGCGCUUUAUCGUCGACUAUUGAUCUUAUUACAGCAAAUAACUUGUAG